AUGCACAUCGGUGGUUACAAUGCAUAUUUGUUAAUUUAUAUUACAUAAUGUAUGUGAAUAUUUUUGCACGGCUUUUCUAAGAAGAUUGGUUUUUGACAAGAAAGGUUUUGUCAAAUGUUAGAUGUGAUAAGCGCGUACUACGCGAUAAGCCUCAUGCGCUUAUAUAAAAAUCAUUUUACAAUGAUGAAUUCGUCAGUUAGCAACUUAAUAAGCGAAGAAAUAGAUAUUGGUCUUCAACUUUAGCGAAUGAGUUCUUCGCGAUGAAAGGGAUUUACUUAGUGGCUAUUUUAUAUAUAGCCACGAUGAGUACUGCUGCUCUUAACGAAGCACCAAUGGCUGAUUUUCAAACAAAAUGUCCCAAGGAGAAUCUAAGGAACAAAACAAUUUUUAUACCUCAUGAAAGUGACUGCACGAAAUUCUAUAAUUGUCGUAUGGGAGAGAAAGGGGAUCCACUACAGUGUCCUAUCAUGGAUAAGAAUGGCAACAGAUUACACUUUAAUCCUAAACUUUUUGUAUGUGAUUGGCCGUGGCAAGCCGGUUGCCAGGUAUCCUCAUCGACUCCAACGUCUAGUAUUCCGACGGUAACAACCCCAUCAACGACUUCUUCUACAACCCUGUGUCCAAGUACUCCGACGUCAUCAACUCUAUUACCGAGUAUUUCAACAACCCCGUCACCGAGUACUCUGACAUCAACGACCUCUUCAUCAAUUACUCCGACAACUCCCUUAUUGAAUUCUUGCAUGUCAGAUGGCAAAAUGCAUCUGCUUCCCCACAAGACUAUGUGCGAUCAUUACUAUUCAUGUUUUAAUGGUAAAGUAAAUCCCACCUCUCAAAAAUGCAAUCGCAAUUUAUUAUUCAAUGCAAUUCUUCGUGUAUGCGAUUAUCCGGAAAAUGUAAAAUGCAGCGUUAUCAUUCCAUCGGCUAUGGAUAUUGUGUCACCAACUAUCCGCUCAUUAAUUACAACGUCACCAAAUCCGCCGUUGACUUCAACAUCGUUCUCUUCAAUGCCGACAAAAUCAGUAGAGCCAUCUGACUGGGUUUGCGUACCAAAGAGCAAAAUUUACAAGGUUUCCCAUGAGAUUUGGUGCAAUUACUAUUAUUGGUGUGUUAAUGGUAUAAAAGAUACAGAGCCAAUAAAAUGUGAAACCCAUUUAUUUUUUAAUCCAGUGGUCGAAGAAUGUGAUUACCCGGAGAAUACAGACUGUGGUGGCAAAGGGACUGCAUCACCAGUAUCUACAGUAUCUACAAUAAUUACAAUACAUAAAAGACCUACAAGACCUAAAAAACCUACAAAGCCCACAAAAUCUACGAAAUCUACAAAACGUACAAAACCUACAAUACGUACGAAACCUACAAAACCUAAAAAACCUACGAUACCUACAAUACGUACAAAACCUACAAAAUCUACAAUACCUACAAAAUCUACAAUACCUACAAUUCCUACAAAACCUACAAUAUCUACAACAGAAUCCACAACAACGAAUACUACAACAACAACAGAAGUUUCUCCAACAACACAAGAGCUCAACAAAUCUCAUGAAAAUUAUCCUUCAAAGGGUUCAACAGAGUAAACACAGAUAGUGCUUAUGUCUUACCCAAAUCUACGUAAUUAAUAUCGCAAAUAUGUAGACAGUAAUAAGAUAUUAUACGAGGUAGUCUCAGAAAUACCAGACCUAA